CGUAUAGCUCGGUGCAAAGCCCGACAUGACUUUUAUGAAAGGGGUCCGAGCUUUUCCUAAGUAACCCAGGUAACGCGUUUUUGCCGUUUAUUCUAUAAACAAAAACAUGUGAAAUAUUGCACAAUAUUAUACCACUUACAAUCAUUAGAGUUAGCAAGCCGCAAUAAGGCGAACGCGAAGAGUUAAGGAUAAGGCAUCAUGGCUAAACGAAAAGCCCCCGGCCGCCAUUCCCACACAGGCGUGGAAAGUCCAUCAAGCAUCGCCGACACGAUCCAUGUAUCGCCUUCGACGCCUCCAACUCUGAUGGCCCUAAUGAGCAAGCCUUCCCGACGUAGCACGCGAAUUACUCCCACAGACGAUAUGACUGGCCAGAAUAGCGCUUCGCCUAAGUUAGGAGUCUGUACCUUGACAGACGCGUCAUCCGAGCGGGAUGUACUGCCAAGCUCGAACGAAUCUUCUCUUCCAGCCAGCUCACAAACACCCAGCCGCAAGCGGCCACGCGCAGACUCGAAUACGGCAGAGCGUCCCAAGCGACCCAGAAGACCAUCGGACGAAGAAGGAACAGAUAAUGUGAAAGAAGAUCAGCCCACGCUGGUCCAGGGACUAAGGGCAAUAGUGGACCUAGCGACACAAGACGAGGAAACAGAAAGUCAACCAUCGUGCAUACUGGAAUGGCCAAAUCUCAACGAGCAAGAUCUCGAUCGCCUGAACGGCCAUGCUUCGGCCUCAUCCGACAGGAAAUUGAACGAUGCGGUUGUACACGCCUGCCUGGAGGGCUUGGCCUGUCUCCAGCCUUAUAUCUUCACCAUCGCACCUUGGGAAGUACAGUCUAUUAUCAGUACAUCCCACGAAACGCAGUCAUUCCCCAAUCAUCAUCGUGCCUUUCUUGGUGCCACGGAAGGUUUGUUUUGCCCGAAUAUCGCCGGAAACCACUGGGUAUGCGUCCACUUGGAGUUGCAGAAAUGCCAAGCAACUAUCUACAACUCUCUCGGGGACAACGAUACUCAGCGUGACGAGGCGACACGCAUCAUCAAAAUCCUAAUCCAGCAUUUAAUAGAAGGAGGCGAAGCCUUCGCCCAGUGGAAGUUCGUUGCUAGGAACUGUCCAACCCAGGCUAAUGCUUACGAUUGUGGUAUUUAUGCGCUGGCUACAGCAUACCAUUUGGCUUACAGACUUGCUAUUCCCGACGAAUUCGAUGCGCAGCUUUGGCGAUGCUUUUUAUACGCAUUCUUGAUGGGUCGCUCUCCGGAACCGUCUGUUGGCAUUUCCACAAUCGAGAGAGUUAUGGACUGGCAUAUAUUGCGUACAGAUAUCACCGAGUUAUCCGAUGACCCCCACGUUCUAUAUAGCCAGAUACCUUCGACGGGUGGCCCACUUUGAACAGGCACCAGCGCUCCGAUCCGCCAUGUGACAGUGUUGAUAGACGAGAGCCUCUUUAUGCUAUCAAUCAAGAACAAAAGGACAUUCUACGUAUUAGAAAAGGUUUGAAAGGGGUAGACGAACAUAAGAGGUGGCUCCAAAUAUACAAGAUGGUCUGUCCAGAGGCUACGCCUUCCGACCCAUCCCCUUACAUUAGAACGGAUGCUGAUCAUGCUGCGAUCCGGGACUUUACAAAUUUCGCGCAUAGAGAGAUGCCUGACCAACUGAAAAGAGAGCUCGAUGUGUUCUCAAGCGAGUCCAUUAUUAUCCUGGAUAAUGACAGAGGCCUGCAUGAUCUUCAUCAAGUAGUAGGCAAAGUCCUGGACAAUUUAAUAAGCAAGUUCGAAGGCUCUCUACCAUUCACCAUGGCAUCGGGCGUAGUUCCAAGACCACUCGGAGGAACCUGACAGCCUG